AUGGCCUUCAGUACAUCGGGCUUAGAUGCUCUUCUGCGUCGUCCAGAGCAGGAGAGCAUCUGGAGACGCUUGCUGAGGGCCCCGGUGCCUGCAAUUGCGGAACUUGUUUACAGCCGAUUCACUCAAACACCGAUGCCCAUGCCCACUGCUCAUGAUGGCCCAACCAUCCGCGUGGUUUGCAUCUCAGACACUCACAACACUCAGCCUCAGCUGCCGGACGGAGAUCUUCUCAUCCAUGCAGGUGAUCUUACCCAGUCUGGUACUCAAGCAGAGCUAGAAGCGCAGAUCGAAUGGCUCGAUCGCCAGCCCCAUCGCUUCAAGGUAGCGAUCGCGGGGAAUCAUGAACUGUGUCUGGAUCCCAAAGCUCAAGCCCAAUCACCUGGACACAAAGAGCCAGUCGACUGGAAAUCUAUCCAGUAUCUGGAGAACUCAUCGACAAUUCUUCAAUUUGGGGAUUCCAGACGCGUCAAGGUGUUUGUGUCCCCAUACACCCCGCGGCACGGGAACUGGGCUUUCCAGUAUCCACGUAAUGAGAAUAUCUGGGACAAGAUACGGAUCCCUGAGGACAUUGAUAUUCUGGUUACACACGGUCCUCCGAAAACACAUUUAGAUCUGGGACGAUAUGGCUGUAAAUUCCUUCGGGACUGGUUAUGGUCGGUAAAACGGAAACCUUUACUGCAUGUAUUCGGUCAUAUCCAUGGGGCUUAUGGGAAGGAGACUCUGUACUGGGACGAUUUUCAACGAGCGUACGAGAGCAUCAUGGAUGAGGCAAAGUGGAUGAAUUUGACCAUCUUACUGUGGCAUGCACUCCUACUGCUAAUACGGCCGAGAGAUCCAUGUGGAAUGACUGUUGUGGUGAAUGCCGCUGCAGUUGGGGGAGUUCGCGAUGAAAAGAGACGGGACGCUAUUUGUGUUGACAUCUAA